UGUGGAGCAACGUGCGGUAGGGCGAUGGCAACGGUCACGAUCAAGUCGCAUGUCGAAGUGCAAGAUGCCGCGGGCGCAACGAUGCACCGCCGCCCACUGCGCAAACACCAACAAGCCGUUGCCUCGCUCGCGUCUCUGCACGCAAAUCUUUUCAACGUGCACGAGCCAGACAUAUUAGACCUUCGCGACAGCGGAGUGACCGACUACUCGCACGAGUUUCUGCAUCACGAUAGCGACAGCGACUGGGUCGUGUUGGAAUGGGACGACAUCAUGCACCCCCACGCGAGGUACGUUCAAAUCAAGCUUCUCCUGCGGCAAAAACGCACGUUUCAAGAGCCGCCCCCAACCACGGGACUGAGCUCGAAACCCUCCAUCGUGCGUUCAAUGCACGGCAACUUGGUCAUGUAUGGACCACCGACCACAAGAGCCAGUAAUGCCCAAAGCUCGACAAGUUCACUCGACUACUCGGGGACAUCGACGCAUGGCGUCGACGAUGCGUUUACGUUGGACUCGAUGAACGAUUCAGAAGCGGCAAGCCCCACGAACUCGCGCCGCCGCCCAUCAUGGACACUGUCGCAAUCGUCUUUCGACAAGGACACGUUGAACGGCGUCGAAUCGAACGCAUCAGCACACACUGACAACGACCAGAACGCGCUCGAUGCUGUGGUGUUGCGGUGCCGAAGCUUCACGCACUUUGAUCUGGCCUUCCUGGACGGCAAACAUUCCAAUGGGCGACUGUACUGGGUAGAUCAAGUCCAAGGGGACCUCGGGUAUGUCGAUCUUGACUCGAACGAGUGCUUCGUGCUGUUGGAGCGGCGUCGACAUCCAUCUCAUAUCAAGGUCGUGGGGCGUUGUGCUGUAUUCAUUGAAGCGGGAAGCGACGACUCGUCGGAUGGCGGGUCGAUCUCAUGCAUGAACCUGGACACAAACGAAGUCUCGGUGGUGGUGGCGCGUCUGUCGCAUCCAGUUGGACUGUGCGCCAUGAACAAGACGUGGUUGGCAUUUGGGCAAUGCGUCGCGUCCGCGCGAGGCCGCGUGUUGACGCUCUCCGCGAUUUGCAAUGUGACGUUGGCAAUGCGUUGCCCAGAGCCCGACUCGGAGCCACGUGUCCGGCACUUGGUGACCACGGCGCUGACCUCCAACGCCGUCGAGCCGACCGCGAUGUCCGUGUCCGAAAGCGGCGUUUUGUGCGUGGGGUUUAGCACCACGUCGUCGCAUGUCUCGACCACGACGGGGGCGCUUUUCAUUUGGAUUCCUUCCCGCAAAUGCACCGCCACAGACGUCUUCGAGUACACCGUCGCCAUGUCGAUCGAGCUGGCGACACCCCACUCGGUGCGCGACGUCGUGGGCCACCCGUCGUGGCCGUUUUUCUACUUUUGCAUGGCCGACGACCGCGCGAUGGCACAUGCCCCUGCUCUCGGACAAGUCGACUUGCGAUCGUCCCAUCCCGCUCUGCUGCUUGACACCGAGCGAUUCAUUCCGUCCAUGUGCAUGGCCGGCACCACCGACCGACUGUACUAUUGUGCUCGCGCCAGUUCCACCGUAAACAUCACGUACGCAUUCGACAUUUGCGAGCCAAGCCAUGGUCUCCCCCGCCAAGCUCGUGCCACCAACGGUCUUACCGACACCUCCAACUGUGUCGAGACCAACGUAUCGCACGAUCGUUCACGGGUCGAAGAUGGGCAGGUCAAGAAGAUCCAAGUCAUCCUUCGAUCGCGACCGCUGCUGCCGCAUGAACUGGACCGCGGGGUCCGUAGUGUUGUGACGUGCCAAGGAUCGAACGUGCAUGUCGCACCCGUUCGAACCUACCAAGUGCCAAAGCACUACCGGUUCGACACGGUCUAUGGCCCGGACGCGACGCAACAAGAGCUGUACCAGACAUCGAUCCUGCCACUCAUCCACCGAGUGCUGCAAGGGUACAAGUGCACCGUGUGCGCAUAUGGUCAAACCGGGUCGGGGAAAACGCACUCGAUGGAAGGGUCCAAGGCGGAACCAGGCAUGAUCUCCCAGAGCCUCUCGACCAUUUUUGACGAGCUCCGGGGCAAGCUCGACAGUCGCGUACGCAUGUCGCACGUCGAAAUCUACAACGAAGAGCUGACGGAUCUGUUGUCGACAUCGUCCCAGCGGCGGCGGCGCGGCGAGAGACAUCCGCAAAAGGGCUGCCAUCGUGACCACGGGAGGAAGGCGGCACGUGCAAAGCUCCGUGGCCUGGCAAGUACGACGACGUUUGAGCAGCCGAGCGGCGACGUGGACGAAAUAGUAGACAACGACGUGGACGUCGCCAAGCUCUCGAUUGCGCGGCAUCCUUGCCACGGAGUGUUUGUGCAAGGGUUGGAAGAAAUUACGAUUCAGUCGGCAGCGGAUGCCGAGACCCUCCUCGAACGAAGCUUCCACUGCCGGCAAAAAGCAGCCACACUGUGCAACAAGUUGUCGAGCCGAUCGCAUUCGAUCUUAACCGUUCACACCGAAGUCACACAGCUCGAGUCGGGCGAGCCAUGCGUAUCGUACGGUCAGCUGCGCCUGGUCGAUUUGAGCGGUUCGGAAAACUACGACCGCGCGGGGGCACAAAAGGAGCGCCAACAGGAAGCGGCCAACAUCGGGCACGGGCUGUUGGCCCUCGGGCGAGUGAUUCGCGCACUGGUCGAAAAAUGGCCCCACGUUCCAUAUCGCGAAAGCAAACUCACGAGGUUGCUCGAAGACAGCUUGGGUGGCACAGCCAUGACGAUGCUGCUCCUGGCCGUCUCACCUGGCGACGAAGCGCUCGAAGAAACGUUGAAUACGCUCAACUACGCAACGAUUGCGAAACGAGUGACCACGCGUCCGACAAAGUCGUCGUCGUCGACAAAGCUGGAGAAGAUGGCUGGCUCGCUCCCAGACUGCAAGAGCCAGCCAACGUUGAGCAGCGCACCGACCGUGAUAUCUCCGUGGCAGGGCCGCGUUCCGAUCCGGUCCAGCAAGGCGGACCUGAAGCGUCUCAUCCGCGCCACGGACCGUGCCAUUCACGUUCCCACGUCCGAGUGGACCGAAAACAUUGUCCAUGACAACGAGCGAAGGCUGACGAAGAAGGCGAGCCAAAUCCUCAGCGCCAUCUUUGCCAAAUUCGACUCGAAGAAGGGCGGUGUGCUGUACAAACACGACGUGCAAAAGGUGUACCACGAUCUGUUUCAGCUCCCCAAGGCAGCAGCCCCCGACAAGUUGCUCCUGGACGACUUCCUUGCCAAGUUUGAACAGGUCCUGGCGACGAAUCCGAUGGUUGCGCGCCACGUGUUUACGUCCCAAGGCUACACGUUGAACAUGGAGAAAGCCCGGCCGGGGACAGCGGCGGAUCCGAUGGCGGUCGACAGGUACAACAGCCAAGUGUCGGCACCACCUUGCUCAACGCGAAUGCCGUCGCCAAGUGUGACGAGUGAGCCCAACGCGCACAUUCAAGAGAUUGGCGCUCCCGUCGGAAACUUUCGCGGGCUCCGCGACAUGCGCAAGAAAAAAAUGUCGACUCGACCGUCGUCAGCUCCGAUCCAUCGUGAAAUGGCCCACGGAUACCACCAAUUCACCGACCGCAUCGUAACACGAUAACGAGGGCUCGUCGACGUGGAGGCUUUUGAUC